AUGGCGUUUAAAUGUCUGGUGACAUUUAGAGAGCUCAAUACAGUGGUGAAUUUCACUGGCGAGUGGAAAAAACACGAGCUAUUCAGCUACCUGCAGAAGGCCAAUGUUCUAGCCGGACAAGACUGCGCCUCCCUGAGCUUGCAGGUCCUUGAUGAAGAUUUUGGAAUGUUUGUGGACACGACAAAUGAUUUUGUUGUCCCCCAUAAAGCUAAACUGAAAAUAAAAGAAGCAAGUGAAUUUCGGAUUGUUGACGUCCUUGAUGUCGAGGUGGUGCCAGAGACGCAGCAACAAAUGCCUGCACGCACGGUCUACACGCUGCCGAAUCUACCAUUAACCCUGAAGAUGAGCAUGGAAAAUCAUGAGCCUGGGAAGCAUUUCAGGAACAGAAAUCAAGUAGUGCAAUGGCUUUUCCAUGACCUCUGCUCAUACACAAUGUACCCUGGAAAGCUGUAUGAUGUUGCUGCUAGCGCCCUGGUGAAUGCCUACGAGAACUUAAAGGACUCAACGGGAACUGGACAUGAUUCCUGGCGAGAGGCCCUUAGGUUUAGGGCAAAGUAUGAACGCAGAAAGAUGAGGCAAGAAGCUGGAGAAGCAACUCCUGUGGCAGCCAAGAGGCCAUGCAAGCCUAGCAUUUCUGAGGAUGUUCAGAAAAUAGUUACAAGGCCUUACGUGGUAUAA